AUGUGGGAUGCACAUUUACUGCAGGCGAUGUCCCAGAGUCCUGAGCAGGGAGAGACCUGCGAAAGUCAGCAUAGCCCAGAAAGGCAGCAAGGAAACCAUCUGGUGCAGGGAGUGGGUAAAUCCAGUCACAGGAACAGAAGGGUGAAAAGAAACACUGAAAACAUUCUACAGAAAAUCCCCCAUCAACAACCACCCUAUACUUGUAGUGACUGUGGGAAAAUCUUCCAGUGGAGACAGGCUCUUAAUUUACACCAGAGAAUCCAUACAGGGGAAAAACCCUUUAAGUGCUCUGACUGUGGGAAAAGCUUCAUUCAGAGGUCAUACCUUGUUAAACAUAGGAGAAUCCACACCGGGGAGAAGCCCUUCAGCUGCUCUGACUGUGGGAAAAGCUUCAGUCAGCAGGCAAAUCUUAUUAGUCAUCAGAGAAUUCACACAGGAGAGAAACCUUUCAACUGCUCUGACUGUGGGAAAAGCUUCAGUCAGAAGUCAGAGCUUGUUAGUCAUAGGAGAAUCCACACAGGAGAGAAGCCCUUCAGCUGCUCUGAGUGUGGGAAAAGCUUCACUCAGAAAGGACAUCUCAUUAAACAUCAGAAAAUCCAUACCGGGGAGAAACCCUUCAGCUGCUCUGACUGUGGGAAAAGCUUCAGUCGUCGUUCAAAUCUUAUUAUACAUCAGAGAACCCACACUGGAGAGAAAUAUUUCAGCUGCUCUGACUGUGCGAAAAGCUUUCAUGUGAGCUCACAUCUGGUUACACAUCAGAGAAACCCCACAGGAGAGAAACCCUUUAAGUGCUCUGACUGUGGGAAAAGCUUCAUUCAGAGGUCAUACCUUGUUAAACAUAGGAGAAUCCACACCGGGGAGAAGCCCUUCAGCUGCUCUGACUGUGGGAAAAGCUUCAGUCAGCAGGCAAAUCUUAUUAGUCAUCAGAGAAUUCACACAGGAGAGAAACCUUUCAACUGCUCUGACUGUGGGAAAAGCUUCAGUCAGAAGUCAGAGCUUGUUAGUCAUAGGAGAAUCCACACAGGAGAGAAGCCCUUCAGCUGCUCUGAGUGUGGGAAAAGCUUCACUCAGAAAGGACAUCUCAUUAAACAUCAGAAAAUCCAUACCGGGGAGAAACCCUUCAGCUGCUCUGACUGUGGGAAAAGCUUCAGUCGUCGUUCAAAUCUUAUUAUACAUCAGAGAACCCACACUGGAGAGAAAUAUUUCAGCUGCUCUGACUGUGCGAAAAGCUUUCAUGUGAGCUCACAUCUGGUUACACAUCAGAGAAACCCCACAGGAGAGAAACUGUUUGAAUGUUCUGACUGUGGGAAAAGCUUCAGUCAGCGCUCAAACCUUAAUAAACAUCAAAUAAUGCAUACAAGAGACACAGCCUAUAACUGCUUUCACUGCGCGCAAUUCUUCAGUCAGAAGUCAGAGCUUGUUAGUCAUAGGAGAAUCCACACAGGAGAGAAGCCCUUCAGCUGCUCUGAGUGUGGGAAAAGCUUCACUCAGAAAGGACAUCUCAUUAAACAUCAGAAAAUCCAUACCGGGGAGAAACCCUUCAGCUGCUCUGACUGUGGGAAAAGCUUCAGUCGUCGUUCAAAUCUUAUUAUACAUCAGAGAACCCACACUGGAGAGAAAUCCUUCAGCUGCUCUGACUGUGGGAAAAGCUUCAGUCGUCGUUCAAAUCUUAUUAUACAUCAGAGAACCCACACUGGAGAGAAAUAUUUCAGCUGCUCUGACUGUGCGAAAAGCUUUCAUGUGAGCUCACAUCUGGUUACACAUCAGAGAAACCCCACAGGAGAGAAACUGUUUGAAUGUUCUGACUGUGGGAAAAGCUUCAGUCGUCGUUCAAAUCUUAUUAUACAUCAGAGAACCCACACUGGAGAGAAAUAUUUCAGCUGCUCUGACUGUGCGAAAAGCUUUCAUGUGAGCUCACAUCUGGUUACACAUCAGAGAAACCCCACAGGAGAGAAACUGUUUGAAUGUUCUGACUGUGGGAAAAGCUUCAGUCGUCGUUCAAAUCUUAUUAUACAUCAGAGAACCCACACUGGAGAGAAAUAUUUCAGCUGCUCUGACUGUGCGAAAAGCUUUCAUGUGAGCUCACAUCUGGUUACACAUCAGAGAAACCCCACAGGAGAGAAACUGUUUGAAUGUUCUGACUGUGGGAAAAGCUUCAGUCGUCGUUCAAAUCUUAUUAUACAUCAGAGAACCCACACUGGAGAGAAAUAUUUCAGCUGCUCUGACUGUGCGAAAAGCUUUCAUGUGAGCUCACAUCUGGUUACACAUCAGAGAAACCCCACAGGAGAGAAACUGUUUGAAUGUUCUGACUGUGGGAAAAGCUUCAGUCGUCGUUCAAAUCUUAUUAUACAUCAGAGAACCCACACUGGAGAGAAAUAUUUCAGCUGCUCUGACUGUGCGAAAAGCUUUCAUGUGAGCUCACAUCUGGUUACACAUCAGAGAAACCCCACAGGAGAGAAACUGUUUGAAUGUUCUGACUGUGGGAAAAGCUUCAGUCGUCGUUCAAAUCUUAUUAUACAUCAGAGAACCCACACUGGAGAGAAAUAUUUCAGCUGCUCUGACUGUGCGAAAAGCUUUCAUGUGAGCUCACAUCUGGUUACACAUCAGAGAAACCCCACAGGAGAGAAACUGUUUGAAUGUUCUGACUGUGGGAAAAGCUUCAGUCAGCGCUCAAACCUUAAUAAACAUCAAAUAAUGCAUACAAGAGACACAGCCUAUAACUGCUUUCACUGUGGAAAAGCUUCAAUCAGAACACAAACCUCACUGAACAUCAAAGAAUCAACAUAGGUGAGAAACCCUAUGACCUGAGUCCCCUUUAAGCUGCAUGGCCCUGUCACUGUGCAGCUAUUUAGUAAGGGCCAUGCAAGCGCUUAGGGCCGUGGUGGGGAGAGAUGUCUCAGCCUCAGCCCAGGCCUGUCAUGGCUGGAGGACAGUUGGCUAUCCCAUGUCCCAGGCUCCAGAGCUGCCAUGGCAGGGAGAGGUGCCUCUCCUCCUCCUCAGAACACUACCUGGGUGGUGGUGGGGGAGGGCUGGGGGGAAUCUUCUCUUCCAUUGUAGCCCUUCAGUAGAUAGCACUCAAACCUCUCAUCCGUGGUGCACCUCAAAAUCCAUACUCCCAACUACAGCCCUCACAUCUCUGCUCUCCCACUCUGUCCUAAUCCUGCACCCCCUUCCCACAGAAUGUUUGUUCUGUGCACCAAUAUGCUGUGUAAUGCUUUCCCUUCAUUUUGGUGUCCAUAACAAAUUCAUUCUGUGUAUGCGUGGGAAAAAUUGAAUGGAACACUGUGUAUAACUGCCCUGAGUGACAGAGACACCUCAGUGAACAUUUACACCCGUGGUCCCCAACACUGUGCUCGCGGGCACCAUGGCACCCGCGGGGGCAUUUGCAUGCGCCCGCC